AAACGGCCACACACUCCAACACCAACACCAACGCUUUUCUCUCCCUCUUCACUCCUCCCUCGCUUCUCCACCUCCGCCUCCCUCUCCCUCCUCCGCACCAAAAAUUCCUCUUUUUUUACCUCCCACCAAUCCUUACCGUCGCCUCCUUCUUCUACUACUACAACCCAAUCCGGGCUGGUCCUCGGAUGGACUCGGGUCUCGACUAGCUACCCAGCCCCUGCUCGGGUGCGCGCGCCACACCGCUAGGGUUCUUGGCCCGGGGCUUCUCCAAUGGUGCACCGCCGCUUCGCCUGGCCCUUCGGCGGCCAGCGCGCCUCCCUCUGCGGCAGCUUCACCGGGUGGAGGGAGUACCCCAUGGGGCUCGUCGGGGCCGAGUUCCAGGUGCUGUUCGAUCUACCCCCGGGGGUUUAUCAGUACCGAUUCUUGGUGGAUGGUGUCUGGAGAUGUGAUGACACAAAACCUAUUGUACGCGAUGAAUAUGGCAUGAUCAGCAAUGAAGUGCUUGUCACACUUGUGGAGAAUAACACACACCCGGUUGUGCAGCUAGAGCCAUCUCCCAAUAGACGAAUGAAUUUGGAUGAGGGUACUAUUUUGACAACAAUGCCUACAGAACAGCCAUCUCAAAACUCUGGCGUGCAGAUUGCAGUUUUUCGCCAACGAGUCUCUGAAAUACUAUUACAUAAUACCGUAUAUGAUGUUGUUCCUGUUUCUAGCAAGAUAGCAAUUUUGGAUGCUCGGCUUCCUGUCAAACAAGCAUUUAAUAUUAUGCAUGAUGAGGGCCUUGCUUUGGUUCCUCUGUGGGAUGAUGGCCAAGGAACCAUAACAGGCAUGCUAACUGCAUCUGAUUUUGUAUUAAUUUUGAGAAAGUUGCAGAGGAACAUUCGAGUUCUGGGCCAUGAAGAGCUUGAAAUGCAUUCAGUGGCUGCUUGGAAAGAAGCAAAACUACAGUAUUAUGGGGUGUCUGAUGUCGCAGCCAUGCAAAGAAGGCCAUUAGUUCAUGUUAAGGAUUCGGAUAAUUUAAGGUCUGUGGCACUGUCUAUAAUACAAAAUGAAAUAUCUUCAGUCCCUAUCUUCAAAUCCUCGAUGGAUGUAUCAGGAAUGCCAAUACUUAAUCUUGCAACUCUUCCGGGGAUUUUAAAAUUUCUUUGCUCCAAGCUCCAAGAACAACCAGAAGGCUAUCCCAUUUUGCAAAAUCACAUUUCCAGUAUUCCUAUUGGUACAUGGUCGCAACAUACUGGCAGGGCAAGUAAAAGACAGCUUAGAACAUCGCGGCUGAAUGUUCCUCUAAUUACUUGCCUGGAUUUUCUGCUGGAAGGUACCAUCCACAUAAACGACAUUUCAAAUGCGGGUGUUUGUGUUAUUUCCCCAGUUGAUCCUUAGGAACAUGACACGGUGGUUGCGGUCUGCAUAAUCAAAUUAAGUAGGUGAUUAAUUACUUUUUAAAUUGUACAGAAAAUCAAUUUCAAGUCAACAGUCAAGGUAUGAAUUAAAUGCACCUGGGACUUGUAAAAAGGCUCUUACUUGUAACAUCAUAGGCUGAUGCGGACAACCCAUUAGCUGUCAACUUUUACAGCGACACAUUUGAGUUAUGUAAUUUUACUAUGAAAUAAAUGACAAUUCAUAAGGUGAAAUUCAAACUUCUGUAACGACUAAUAUAAAAAAGUAGUUUAGACUAGUUAGGUUGAAAUGAUAUCAUUAGAUUUUUCAGGAGAAAUAUUAUCAUCAUAUACCAGUUUUGGAUUUUCCCCUAACACAUCCAUACAAAAAAGUAAGGGUCAUGUAUUUAUGAAUAGAUGGACAACAUUUUAGACUCUCAAUUGAGAGAAAUUUGGACAGCUAUAUUUAUAAAACAAUAAUCAGUUUACAUGAACUGUCUCCUCCAUAUCCGAUUGAGUGAGGAUACCAUGAAUGUGGAUAAUCUAUGUCCGCAGAUUAGAAGUAACAGUGCUUACAACUGCAUCGUACUAACAUUUUUACAUUGAGGUGGUUUUUUAUAUCUUAACUUUAUUGAUUAGUACUGUCAAAUCUAGGAAAUCACACAGAUGAUUCAACUUUAUAUAAAAUGUGACGUGACCUAACUUUACCACUUACCUUGCAUUUGAAAUGCUCACCUUUUGAAGUUGAGGUUCUCCAUUAAGCAUGUUCCUUCUUGAACUGC